AUUCAUCGGAGUGAACUGAGCGCUUCACGUGAUCUGUUUGUGUCAGUAAAUUGACUAUCCGCUGGCCCAGCCUACUUUUAAAAGCAAGAAGAAAUUGUUUAAUUUUAAGAAAAAAUGGGUGCUGCUGUAUUGCCAAUGUUAUUGUUUACGGUCCUUUGGGGAAUUGUAGGAAUCGUUUUACCCUUUUUCGUUCCGAAAAGUGCCAAUCGUGGAAUACUCCAGGUUAUGCUCAUGUUGACAGCUUUCACAUGUUGGUUAUUUUGGUUGUGUUGUUACAUGGCACAAAUGAACCCACUGAUUGGACCAAAAUUAUCUAAUUCUACUAUUCUUAUGAUGGCUCGGGAAUGGAGUCACAUUCAAUUUGAAUAGAAGCAAGAGUGCUCAUUCCAGAGAAUAUUUGUAUACUUCUUGUAAAUAUAUUUUGAACAUCUUCAAAAUGUUCUAUGAAUUCUUAGAUAAAUCUAUAUUAUAGUGCAAAUCAAAUACUUUUGUAUUUAUGUACAUUAAACAUUUUGUUCGACUGUUAGUA